CGCCGUCGGCGCGCCCUCUCUCCCGGCCGGGCACGAGCACGUCGCGGGGGGGCGCGCACGUCCUCGCCGCUUACGUUCACGCGCCUAGGAGUGGGCAGCCAGGAGCCAUGGCGGAGAACCGUCAGCCCCGCGGGGGCGAGACCGACCUGGACCCCGGAGAGUACACCCUGCGUAAGAGGCUCCCUCACCGCCUCCCCCGCCGGCCCAACGACAUCUACGUCAACAUGAAGACGGACUUCAAGGCCCAGCUGGCCCGCUGCCAGAAGCUGCUGGGCCCCGCGGGCGGCCCGGGCAGCGGGGGCUGGCCCGAGAUCUACAUCCACGGCCUGGGCCUGGCCAUCAACCGGGCCAUCAACAUCGCCCUGCAGCUGCAGGCGGGCAGCUUCGGCGCCCUGCAGGUGGCCGCCAACACGUCCACCGUGGAGCUGGUGGACGAGCUGGAGCCCGAGGCCGACGACCGGGAGCCCCUGACGCGCACGCGCAACAAUUCCGCCAUCCACAUCCGCGUCUUCCACGUCACCCCCAAGUAACCCGUGUCGGGGAGACCGGGGCGGGCCCAGCUGGCCCCGGCCACCGGCUCCUACUCUCCCCUUUGCCCUUCUCUUUCGGGCCCAGGAGAGGACCUCAGGAAGACCCCGGCUCCAUCUUUCCUCCCCCCCCACCCCCGCCGACCCAAGGGAGGAAAAUUCCGCCCCGGCUCUCCCGGGAACCCGGAAGGAGGACCGGGGAGUUUGACGCCCUCUGUGAUAAACGCCGUGGGGUUUCCCGGGAGCCGAGAGCACGGCCUGUAACUCUUUCCUCUGCCUGUGGGCAGCCCAAAAAAUAAAAGCCCUUUUGUGGUGUCUGUACUUCUCAAA